GGCCCUCACGGUGAGCCGACCCCGCGGUCCAGCUUCUGGGAGCGUAGCCACGGCACAUUGGGCAGGUUCAGGCACAGAGCCAUGCCGAACGCCGGGCGCGGUGCCUGGUGCCGAGGCAGCCGAGGGGAAGGAGGCAGCAGACCUCCCCUCGGUCGUUAUGGGCCCGGUGAGAGUCACGGCAGUCUGAAAGAGUCUCCCUCGAGAAAACCAAAGUUUCAGGGGAGAAACCAGACAAGAAAAGUAGCUCAUAGUGUUUCCAAACCAGAGAACAGUGUUGAUGAGUCCUUUGAGGACUUGUUAUCCAAGUAUAAACAGAUCCAGUUGGAGCUGGAAUGUAUUCGGAAAGAGGAGACCAGGGCUCUGGAGCCUAAAGCCUCCCCUUUCAGAGAGGAGCCACCAGACAACGCUGCCAGUAUUACAGAGACCAGAGCAGUACCUGAACCAGCUCAGGGUCCAGCAGGACCAGAGGAGACCUCAGAGCUGGAGAAGGCCGAGAAGAAAGUCUUCCAUGCAUUCAACAUCAAACCUCUACGUCAGAAACUACCAGCUCCUGCUAAUCUGGACGAGCUGCAGAAGAAAUGGGCUGAGCAAGAGAAAGAAGGUGACGCUGAAAAGCAGGCUAAAGAAGAGGAAAGACAAGAAGAUGGAGCAGAAACCGAACAGAAACCACAAGCAGAGGAGAAGACGAGUUUGAGCUGCAGCGAGGAAACAGACAAAGUUGACAAGGAGAAACCAAAGGCGUAUUUGUGUCACAGGGACUCAUCGAUCUCCAGCGAGGACUCGGCUGUGUCUCCUGACAAGCCGCUGGUGAAGGUGGAAGAGGAGGAGCUGUCAGAGCUGCAGCUGCGUCUUCUCGCUCUGCAGUCAGCUAGUAAGAAGUGGCAGCAGAAGGAGCAGCAGGUGAUGAAGAAGAGCAAAGACCGGAUCUUUAAAGGUGCCCAGGAGAAGAGCUCCAACUCGGGCCCGGGCUCUGGCCCUGCAGCCGCUGCAGCCAGCAGGCAGAGAGUCACCACCAGGUCUGUCUCCUCUGCUGCUGCUGCUGCAGAGAGGAACAGAAUCAGGUCCAUAGUUCUGGAGAGGGACUGGGACAGGACCAAGACUGAACCCAGACCCGCAGACAGAGGUCGAGAAAGACUUUCACAGAGAGAGAGACCAAAGCAGAGCCCCAAACCACCCUUGGAGAGGGGCCAAACUCUGGGAAAACCUUAUAUGAACAAGAAGUUGAGCCCAGGCUCGGCAGCAAAGCAGGCGUUCAGGAAGCAGCAGCUGAGGACGUGGAAGCUGCAGCAGCAGAAUGAGCAGGAGGAGAAACGGCGACAGGAGGAGGAGGAGCGUCGCAAACGGGAGGACGAAAUCCGCAGAAUCCGAGACCUGUCCAACCAGGAUGAGCAGUACAACCGCUUCAUGAAGCUGGUGGGAGAGAAGACAAGGACGCGCAGCAAAUCCAGGGAUCGUGAGUACAGGAAGUCCACAGGUAAACAGGGUCUGGACAUCUCAGGGAGCCUCUACCAGUAUGACAACUAUGAUGAGGUGGCGAUGGAGACGGACAGUGAGACCAGUUCACCAGUCCCUUCACCGACCCACAGCCCGUUCACUGCAGAGGGCACAGGAUGUUUCCCUCAGAUGGUUCUGCAUGUGACUGACUCUGCUCAGUUUGGAAUGGAUUUUUCUCAGCCCUUCCUUUCCCCCAUGCUGUCGGGCGUUCCUCCCCCGCCUCCCCCUCUCCCCCCUCCACCAGAUGAGCUGGAGCCGCCUCCCAAACCUCCCUUUGCUGAUGAGGAAGAGGAGGAGGAGAUGUUGCUGAGGGAGACCUGUCUGAUGUCUAUGGCCAACAAGAGGGUGGGAGUGACUGAGGAGAGGAACUCCAGUGGUCCUCCGUCUCCGAGCUGUCAGCCUCCUGCUGGCAUUCAACAGCCAACCAGAGGAAACCUGAGCACAGUCAGUCUGAACACGGUGUCUCGGUCCAGGGCCAACAAGUUCACCAGAGGACAUCGCGGUCCCCGAGCCCCACUAGUUCUGCCUAGGCACAAGACAGUGGUGGUUUCUCUUAAUGAUUCAGACGACAGCGACUCUGACAUGGAUGCCUCCAGCUCUGCGCAGGCGGUGUUUGGUGGGCUGGAGUUCAUGAUCAAAGAAGCCAGGAGGACCGUCGAGGCAGCAAAGCCUAAAGUAGCAUCAGGAUCUGAGAAAGAAAACAAUCCAGUCAGAACUCCAGAGGCCUUACCUGAUGCCAAGAAGGCUGAGUACCGCCUGCUCGUAGAGGAAAUUGCCAGCCGGGAGAAGCAGAAAAUGGUGAAGGAUCACAGUCUUAGUCAGCGGACCUCCACCUCACCUCCUGUCUCUGAGUCUAUGCUGUAUUCAUCAGUGAAGGCAGCUGCAGAGGUCACGCUGUGUGAAGUCGAGCAGAGACUCAACAAACAUAGAGAACUGCUGCAGAGAGACGAGGCCAUCCUGAGACAUCUGCUGCAGCAGGAGCUGAAGAAGAGAGAGUCUUUGAAGGCUGCUGAGGCCAAAGUGGCCAAACUGAGAGAGCAGCUGCAGGCCUCCGAGAAGAUCGUUAGUGCAAACAGGAUGCUCCUCAAGAAGCUCCAGGAACAGGUGCAUAAUGUUGAACAUAGAGGGUCUACAAAGAAGAGGGGGGCAGAACUGCUGCAGAGAGACGAGGCCAUCCUGAGACAUCUGCUGCAGCAGGAGCUGAAGAAGAGAGAGUCUUUGAAGGCUGCUGAGGCCAAAGUGGCCAAACUGAGAGAGCAGCUGCAGGCCUCCGAGAAGAUCGUUAGUGCAAACAGGAUGCUCCUCAAGAAGCUCCAGGAACAGGUGCAUAAUGUUGAACAUAGAGUGUCUACAAAGAAGAGUGUGGCUGUCAGACUGGAGCGGGAGCUGGCUCAGGCUCAGCUGGCUGCUGGUAGGGGAUUAAAACGCCAAAUGGACUCCAACCAGACCCCGCCCAAUAAGCUGCAGCGUGUAGACAGAGCUCAUUGGGGCUCAGAGUGUCACUUUGUGGAGCUGAUUGCACAGAAACAGCGACUGCAGCAGCUGGAGUCUGAGUACGCCCUCAAGAUCCAGAAGUUGAAGGAGGCUCAGGCCCUGCAGAACAAAGGAGUCCCAUCAGAGCCACCCACAGAGCCACCACUGCGAGACUCUACCCCACCAGGCCUUCAGAUUCAGGUACCACACGACCUCACCCAGGAUAAACUCACUCUGGACAACGAAGACGUCACAGAGGCCGAUGAUCACGAAUCAGAGCCCACACCUGCUCCUGCUAAAGGCCCCCGCCGGCACUCCUUCCGUCAGUCCAGCUGCUCCUUCACCAAACCCAACCUUGAGCAGCUGAGCUCCACUCCAGCCAAAGACGGCAGCAUCAUCAAACCAGGUAAGACUUCGAGCAGCUCCAAGGCUCCUGCUGAGAUGUUUGCAGGGCUGGAUGUGGAUGCGCUAAAGCUGAGGUACCAGCAGCAGGCCCGGCUGGGAGAGGUGCUGCUGAGAGAGCUACAGAACCACGGAGAGGAUGUUGACAACCUGUCAACUGGACAGAUGGUUUUAGUGGAGCUGGAUGCAACAUCGAGUCAGUCGGGGAGCACAGAGCUGAAGCCCGUUCCCUUUGGACCAUAUCACAGCCCGCUGCUAGUCUUUAAAUCAUACAGGUUCAGCCCAUAUUACAGGACCAAGGAGAAGUUAUCACUCAGCUCUGUAACCUACAGCAACACCAUCGAACCAAAGAAGUGUUUCUGUCGGUUUGAUCUCACAGGAACCUGCAAUGAUGAUGAUUGCAGAUGGCAGCACAUGAGAAACUGCACUUUGAGUGGAAACCAGCUUUUCCAGGAUAUCCUGUCGUACAAUCUGUCUCUGAUUGGCUGUUCUGAGAGCAGCUUGGACGAGGACAUCAGAGUCGCCACAGAGAAGUAUAUGAAGAAGUUGUUUGGUGCAAACAAAGACCGUAUGGGAGUUGAUCAGACGGCUGUCCUCCUCGUCAGUAAAGUCAAUGAAAGUAAACGGCACGUUCCUCCGUUCACCACCUGUAAAGACUUGAGGAGGUGGAGGCCGAAGCCGUCAGUACAGAGCAGCCGCAGUCCUGAUGACGACAGCGAGGAGGAAACGGCGGGUGAAAACACUUCACCUGGGAAAUGUGAUGACUGCUCUAAGACCAGCCUGUCUGUCCUGGAUGUGUGUGUUACAUCAGAGGACAAACGUUAUUUUGUCAGUGAGACAGACGAUAUAUCUAAUCUGGAGACCAGCAUCCUAGAGAGUCCUUGUGACACUCAGCUGUGGAUCAAACUGGCAUUCAGAUACCUCAAUCAGAAUGAGACACCUGCAGCCGAGUGUUUGGAGGCUGCCUUGAACACGCUGUCUCGUGCUCUGGAAAGUAACUGUGAAAACCCAGAGGUGUGGAGCCACUAUCUGUCUCUGUUCUCAAGGCGCGGCAGCAGGGAGGAGGUCCAGGAGAUGUGUGAGAUGGCUGUGGAGCAUGCGCCUGACUACCAAGUGUGGUGGAAUUAUCUGAACCUGGAGAGUUCAUUCGAUGGGAAGGACUACGUCUGUGACCGCCUGCUGCAGUUUCUUCUCCCUGAGGCGUCCUCAGUCGUCACAGAGAAACUGUCCUUCCAGCUGAUGGAGGCUCUGCUCUACAGAGUCCACCUCAACCUUUUCACAGGCAGGAUGGAGAGCGCUGUGGCCAUUUUACAGAAUGCCUUGAAAUCAGCACACGACAGGAGUAUAGCUGACCACCUGACAGCCAGUGACCGGGCGUUGGUCUGGCUCUCCUACAUUCACCUGACUGAGUUUGACCAGCUGCCGUCCAGCCUGUACGACCCGGCAGAGUCCGGGCCGUCCAGACUGGUCAGCAGAGAGCCCUUCCUGCUGCCGUGGAGAACGCCACAGGACAUCAGCACACCGCUCGACAUCCUCAUCGCUCUCUUCCAAGAUGCCAUCAGUCGAUGCAGUGAUGCUUCUCUGUCUCAGAGUGAGAGGACGAUGGCCUGUCUGCCUCUUCACACCAACCUCAUCUUCCUAAACAAACUGCUACAGAGGUAUGAUGAGGGUGUUGCUCUGUGCGAGCCUCUGCUGGAGUCAUGUCCCGAGUCGUGCAUCCUGCGAGACGCACUGGCUGACCUCCACAUCAGGCAGGGAAACGGAGGCCAGGCGGUCAGCGUGUGGCUGCACGCUCUGGCCGAGUGUCCCAACAACGCCAAGGUCUUCUACCACUCCUGCAAGUUCCUCAUGGCUCAGGAGCAGUCGAGUGCCAUCGUUCCUCUGUUUCGAGGAUUCAUCCUGUCGCUCUGUGAGGACGAACAGAGUCAGAAAAAACCUGUGGAAGUCCUGCGCCACAUCCUUGGUUUUGCCACAGAGGAGCUCCUGAGAGGUCCAAUCAUCAAGAAGGAGCUGGAGGAGCAGCUCAGUGAGCAGACCCCCUACCUCCACCUGAUUCACUGUCGCUGGCAGUGGCUGUACGGCUCUGUGGAGGAGACGGUGGAUGCCUUUGAGAGAGCGCUGGGAUCAGCCAUGCAGCUGGAAGAGCUUCACACACUGUGGUUGGAUUACCUGGUAUUCAGUUGCAGUCAGCAGAGCCAUGGAGCCCCCAGCUCUCAGUCCAAACUGUUCUCAGAUCUGGUCCAUCGCUGUCUGAGUACUGUCCCGUCUCGACUGGAGGUCCCCUUCAACCCUGCAGAGUUCUGGAGCUGCUAUCGCUUCCACAACAAGGUGGUGACUCUUUACCUGAGGUGCCUGCCACAGUCCCAGCAUGCUCUGGUGCUGGAGAGACUGCGAUACGCCAUGCCCAACAACACUGAGCUGGGCCUGAGGUUGCUGCAUCAGGAGUGGCAGGACGGAAACAUUGAACAUCUGAAAUUCCAGGCCAGGAUGUUGUGCAGUAACUCUCCAAAGUGUUUGGCCAACUGGAAAAUAGCGAUAGCUGUGGAGAGGGAGCUAAAGGAGCGAUCAGAGGUGCGACUUCUCUAUCAGCAAGCCCUCCAAAACCUUCCACUGUGUGCUGCCCUGUGGAAAGAUCGCCUCCUCUUCGAAGCAGCAGAAGGAGGUAACUCAGAUAAGCUGCGGAGGCUGGUUGACUGGUGUCAGCAGGGGGGAGUGACUCUGGUCAUGGGCCGAGCGCAGUGAGAAGACCCCCGACUCCUCCUCCAGCCUCUCGCCUCAGCUAACUGCAAUCAUUACUGUAUCACAAUAAUUAAAGACAUUGGCUGUAGGUGAUUGAGUGACGAGGUAAGACAGACCCCCCACCCCACCUCCAGGACACCCCUGAGUGUCCACAUCAGUGUGGACCUGCUUAUGUCCCGUCAUGUGUACGUAAGUAUCGACCUGCUGAGUGCCGCAGUCUCUCUCUAACUUGCAUCCUCCCUCUGUUUGUAUGUCACUUUUCAUUUAGAGCUCAUUUCCCUCCCUUUUAUUUUAAUUUACCUGAGGGGGGUUUGGGGAGUGGAUGGACCAUGACAUGUCACUGUGGUGUUUGGACUCCCCCCUCCCCCUGUGUGUGUGUGUGUUAGAGGAUGUCUCUCCACCCCCACCAGUAGCCAUGCUGCAACACGUGCACGCUGUCAUUUCUUUGUGUCGCAGAGGAAACCAGGACUUGGUUUUGUUCGCGGAUCAAACUGAAUAUGGUGUUUUGUAUUUGGCUCGCUGCGUCGGUCUGAGAUUGGGAGGGACUGCCCCAGAGACUGAUCCCGGCCGGGCCUGGUGCCAGGAGCACUACUGUUAGACAGUCAGGACUCACUAACAUGCUCUCGUGUGCAAUUUGUCUCUUUUCUUUUUGUCAAAUUCUGCCAUAUAAUGAUUAAAAGAGUAUUAGCAAGGAGAGGAAAACUA